ACGAGUCACGAGACUCACGACCGUUGUUUCUAAAGCAGUUUGGCUUCUCUCUCUCUCUCUCUCUCUCUCUCUAUUUCUUUCUUUUUCAUCUCCAAUGCGACUGUUGUUUCUGAAACACUUCGCCUUUCUCAGUACUCUCUCAUCUCUUCUUCCAUCCCCCAAUGCCGAGUAACUUUCCUUACUAUGGAUGGAUAGAAGACGAUGAAACCGCAUCGACGCCAGAUUUAAUAGAAUUACCACAAGAAUCUGUAGAAUCUGACGAAGAAGAAGAAGACGACAACGAGGAAGAGGAAGAGGAAGAGGAAGAGGAGGAAAGAGAUGAAGAUUACGUUCCGCCCGUAAGAAUGGAAAGGGUUUCACGGAACCGAAACCGGAACCAUUCUUCAAAUCCCGUUCAAUCCGUAGCCCUUCAAGGCGCAGAAGAAGUAAAUGUCUCGACUCCUCUGGUUCCCCCAAACGCAACUGAAGUUAUCGAUGUAGAAGAUGAUUACAGAAGGAGAGAACAAGGGGAAGCGUCUUCCUCGUCGGCCAGGAGAGUUGAAGGGGAAGAAAUUGAUCAUGGGGAACAGCAGAAUAUGAACGAUUUGGAUGGUGCCUGUUGCCCUAUAUGCAUGGAGCCUUGGUCCGCGGAAGGCGAUCAUAAACUCUGCUGUCUUCCUUGUGGACAUUUAUAUGGUAAGUCUUGCGUAGAGCGAUGGAUUCAACAAUGUGGAAAAAAUAAUGCAAAGUGUCCUCAAUGCAAAAAGAAGUACACAUUGAGUGCUAUCAGGGUGCUUUAUGCAUCACGAGUAGUGGCUGUUGAUGAUAACACACAAAAGAAAGUUGCAUGUCUUGAGGAUGAAGUUAGAUCUCUUAAAUCUAGAAUUGAAUCUUUUGAGAAUAGGCUUGAAUAUGCUGAGAAGAGUAUUGCGUCCGUUUUGGCAGAAACGAAGACUAAGGGAACUUGCUUGGGGAUUGCAUCUCCUGGACAGGUGCAAAGUAGGCCAUCUGAAUUUAUUGCUGUGCCUGGGGGCUCUCAAGGAUUAUCUGGACGCACCAUUGGUAGUGGCAGUCAAGGAUCUUCCUGUUGCAGUUUUGAAUUCAAGUAUGAGUUACUGGUAGACGGUGCAAGGAUUUUUGAUAUGGAUGCUUCUAGCUCACUUCUGCUUAUUGCUCGAAGGCUUCCUGGAAUGGGUGGAAUGCAUAUACUUACCAAGCUUAGCUUGAUUUAUCCAGACGAAAGAGAAGACAUUCACAUUCCACAUAAUACGAAAGCAGUUAAAGACCUACAUGUUUCCCCUUCUUCUAGCAGACUUGCACUUUUGGCUUCCUUGGGGAAGAAAUUGUCAAUUCUCAGCAUGGAAAGGAACAACUACGUCCUCACAUAUGAUUUACCGGCGCCUGCUUGGUCAUGUUCAUGGGAUCUCAACUGUUCACAUCACAUAUAUGCUGGAUUACAGAAUGGCAUGAUUCUGGUGUUUGAUAUGCGGCAAACCGCAGGGCCCAUUGAAUCCUUUAAUGGACUGAGUUCCCAUCCUGUUCAUACCAUACAGUCUCUUGUGCAUGAUUCAGCUGUUCCUUAUGGUGGCAGCACACUCAUAAGUGCUUCUUCAGUUGGCCCAUGCGUAUGGAACACAGGCAUUGUUGGACAAAGGCCAUCUCUGAUUCCCGGAAUGGAGAACCAAGGAGUCUGUAUAUCACUUGCCUAUUCCCCCACAAGUGAUGACAUUAUAGCUACAUUUCGUCCUAAAGUUCAGACACCUAAUGAUACAAUCGCUUCCCAGCCAUCCUUUUCUCCUUCACUCGCAGUUCUUGGACAAGAGGUACAAGGUUCUCAUGUCCAUGUUAAGAGAAUAGGGAGCAGCUGUUACCAAAGCUUGGGUUCUAUAUUGACCUCUGUAAAUGAUGUGCGAUUGUCGAAGUCCGUAAUUAUAAAUGUAGAGAAUUGCAAUCCUUUUUUUGCAUAUGGAGAUGAAGCAACCCGUUCGAUGAAGGUCUGGGAUUUGUCUAGUUUAAGGGUUGUUCAAACUCUUGAACAGCAUCAGCGUCCCAUUCUUGAUGUGAAGUACAAAAGUUGGGGCACAGGUUUACUUGGCUAUGUAAGUGAGGACAAACUGGAGCUUUACUCGGCAAGGCUUUCAUGAAACCAGCCUUUCCCAUGUUUCUAUAUCGUUUAUAUAUUUUUUGACUUGUAAAUAGUGUAAAUUCUUUUUAUAAUGCUGUUAGAUUAAAUUACACUCUUUAAUUCCUUAAGCCCUAAAGGUCUAAUUUAGGGCACCAGCCUUAGUCACCUGAUUGACGGCAGGCCAUGGUGCAAGGGGUGGAGUGAUGUGGCAAUUUCAAUUGUAUGGAUAUAGAGGAAAUAGUCUAGAUUGACCAUAUACCAAUUUUUAGUCUUUAGAUUCAAUUAUAUUAUAUAUGCCAUCCUAUGUAUUAGCAUA